UAUUCAUCUGACUAGUUCACAUUUUCUGUGAUGUUCUGCGACACCUCCCAAGCCCUGCCCUAAACAACGUCUGUUGCUUUCUUUCUCCCCAGGAUGAUUCAGAAACCAACUGCCUAGGGAUAAGGAACUCUAUCUGAGCAAUCAUGUCCCAGCUGUGCCUCCUCCUAGUGGUCUUCCUUCCAUUUCUCUCCCUUUUCCCACUUACAACCGUCAGCCGUUGUGAGCCACGCUCCAGCAUUGACUGCAAGAAGCAUUCCAACUUCGUACCUGGCCGUAACUUCAUUGGGGAGGGAGUUGAUAUCACCACGCUGGAGAGAAAAGGGGCUUACAUGGUGGACAUCAGCAAGUGGCAGGGACCCAAUGGGACAUGUACCCUGUGUCAGAAUUCUCUGAUGGGUAGGCAGUGGCAGAAACUCCCCCUGGUCGGGGUGGACUGGCAGGAGAAGCAAAAUUGCCGCCAACAAAUAACCAACUUUGUGGAUGAGUUAGACAUGGAUGUGGCAAAUGCAGCAGCCAAAGAAAUAAAGAAUGACUGGAAAAUGGAGUUGGCUGAGGAUCUGAUGAAAUACUGGAAGCAGGAGAUGGGGCUCUCCAAUGUCCAGGUGGCGUUUGCUGGAUCUCACUCUCAAAUGACCAUUUUUGCACAUAAGAAAUCCCGUCAGGACAGGUAUAGCUUUCUGAGGCAUGAGAUCGAAUGUGAACAUUACAGUCUGAGACUUCAGCAGAGUCCUCUGCUGUCCUUCCAUUUCUCUCAAGCCAUGGACAAGUUGCCCCAGAAUUACGAUCCAGAGGAAUAUCAGCAUUUCAUCAAUAUCUAUGGCACCCACUACAUCAACCAGGUGAAUCUAGGUGGGCGAGCUCGCUACUUGCUGGCCUUGAAAACGUGUGCCAUGGCCUUAGUGGGGUUCACAGCUGAGAAAGUCAAGGAAUGCUUGGAGUUGGAGGCAUCCCUAAGACAUAACAGGCCUUUGGGAUUUUUUCGCUUCCAUUCCGAAUGUAAUAAGCUCUGGAUGAGGAAAUCUAGGGGGAACUUCUAUGACACUUAUAGCAGCCAACACACAGAGCUAGUAGGAGGACACAAGCAGAUGCUUUUCUCUGAUAGCAGAGACAUGCAGCUCCUCGCAGAGUGGAUGAAGAGCACCAAAACAACACCUGGGUUGAUCUCUUAUAGCGUAUUAUCUCUACACACCUUGUUGAACAGAACUGAUCCAAGGAGGAAUUUGCUAAAGCAAGCCAUUGCGAGCUACAUAAAUCAGAGAGCCCUAAGGAGAGACUGUCCCCAAAGUUGUCCAGACAGCUUAGGGUUCCCCAGCUCAAGAUGCACCUGCAUGUGUGAGGCCAACCAUGUCAUCAAUGAGAAAUGCUGUGCUACUGAGCGGGGCAGGGCCCAACUCAUUUUCUACGUGGACAGAGCAUUCGAUCUCUGGGGUGACUAUUGGUCCUCCGCAGACGCCUAUGUCAAAAUUUCUUUUCAAAAUCAGGAAGAGCAGACGAGGCUCAUCAGUGGAAGCAACAACCCUCAGUGGUCAGAAAUUCUGAACUUUGAGGCUGUCACAUUGAAAGGCGACGACUACUUUGCGAUGGAGGUUUGGGACAGUGACGUCUGGCAGAAUGACCUUUUGCAUACAUGUCGUGUAAGGCUGAACGCAGGAAUUAGCAGAUGGCUCAGAUGCAAUCUCCCUUACGGAUACGUUAAAUAUUUUUAUGUGUUGAAGUGUGCUCCCACUCUGACUGGGUCCAGCUGCCAUGAUUACCUCCCUUUACAUCUGCCAACCUCGUAUUUCAAUGGCACUAAUCCCCAUUUGGGAGAUCUGUCCUUGUCCCAUAGAUUUCGUGACCAGGUGCUAGGACACAUGCGAUAAAUCAAGGUGCUAUGCAGGGACAGAGCUGGAAGGAAUCUGUUGUGGUGUCCCUAUGAAUUCUCUUCUAUACGACAACUAGGAAACAGUUGUUUAACAGAUGAUUCCCACAAACAUGUAUAAAUUUAAGUGGGCUCAAUAAUUUCUUUCUCCUUAACUCUUGUUAUUAUGAUACCCUCGUGCCUUUCCCAAGUUGUCUUUUUACAGUAUACUGUGGACCAUGUAGCAGGGCCCUCAGCUGUGAACCUGUUACAUGGCAUGGAUUCCUUCUUGCAUAUACCAUAAUCAAAUCCUGUAUGGAUAAUAUUAUUCGUAUUUAUAGUCAGAGAAACAGCAGCAUGCUGUGAGAGGUUAAUUCGACAUGUUCACAUGUGGUUCAGAGAAGGGCUACUGGAAACAAAGCCUUGUUAGGAACAGUUAAAGGAACUGAGUAUAUUUAGCCUGCGAAAGAAAAUACUAAGGGGAGAUACAAUGCAUAAAAGAUUGCCAUAUAGAUGAGUGCCAUAUAUAUUCAGAUAUAUAAAAGAUUGCCAUAUAGAUGAGUGAGUAGACUUGUUAUGUGUCUUCCCCAAAGGCAGGACCAGAAUUCAGUGAGAAGGAACAAGGAGGUAGAGCCAUCAACCAGUGGAACAGUCUGUCUCAUGAUGUUCUUCACUGCAAGUCUUCAAACAGAGGCUGGACAGCCAUCUGUCCAAAAUUGUGGGGCAAAUCCUGCCCUAAGCAGGGUGUUGGACCAGGUGACCUCUGAGAUACCUUCCAACUCUAUGAUUCUAUGCAAUAUUUGGAGCCUAUAAACCUAACAUUAGCACCAGGUCUCACUGUCACUAGGAACAAUAUCCCUGAUUUGUCAUUCAUACUGACGGAUCCCUUUUCUGCCGAUGUACAGUACUUGGAACUCUGAAACUGGUGGUUCCUGAAAGAGGUUGCCCACCAUACUUUGCAAGAUGACUCCCUCCGCCUCUUCAGUUAUAAGCCCUGGCUUAACUACACACCCAUAGGGAAGAUCCUGGACCAGAUUCUCCCUGUACUAUUCAAGCUUCGCCUCUAAUUGAUUUCAGCAACUUUCAUACGAUCUGUACAAUACAUACAAAAUAUAGAAAAAUAAAUCUUCGUAGCUGUCCUAAA